UAGAAUAAAUAUAUUGCAAAGAAAUUUUUAGAACAAUUUUAAGAAAAUGCAUAUUCUAAAUUUUGCAACUAUCUUGCUAUUUGUUGGCUUAUAUGUAUCUAAAGAUGGUUUUGGUCUUGAAAUAAAUUGUUUCAAUAGUCAAGAUGACGAAAGCGAUAACCCCAUAUGUGAAAUAUUUGAUGAUUGGAUUGAUCUUCAAAGCAAUUCAAUAUGCUAUGGUUUGACCAUCGAUCAAAUUCACAUGGAAUUUGAUGCCUGUUAUACCUAUCUGGAUAUGGCAAAUCAUUUCUCUGGGGAUACCGUUAACCGACCUGGUGUUGCAGACUUUUUCUUCAAAUCGGCCAGAGAUGAACGGGAGCAUGGUAUCAAACUAAUUGAAUACCUUUCUAUGCGUGGUCAACUUAACAAUGUCACCAAUUUGGUUCACACUCCCAAUAUUUCAGUUCGCAAAUGGAAGAAUGUUGCUGAUGCUGUGCGUGCUGCCCUGGCCUUGGAAACUAAGGUUGCAAAAGCAAUUCGCAAUCUAAUUAAAGCAUGUGAAAGUGAAUAUGCUGUGCUUGUUGAGAAUGAACUAUAUAAUUUCUAUCACAUGGUUGAUUUCCUAACUGAGGUGUAUAUGGAGGAGCAGUUACGUAGCCAACGUGAAUUAGCAGCCAUGCUCAGCACACUAACCAAAUUGGAAACUAGUUUGGAUAAUGGCUUGGGUGAAUUCAUGUAUGACAAAAGUUUAAUGUAAUUGCAAAAAAAUUACUUAAACAACAUAAAUUCAAAUAGUUCACAUUGUUAUUUAUUUAUUUAUUAAAGUUUGUAAUAAUAAAAUAAAUAAAAUUUCACAAAGUAAAGAGAAAUGCUGAUAAA